CCUCUUCAGAUCCACUUGGCCUUAUGAGCUUUGAUACAAUAUCUACUCAUACACCCGCCCCCCUCGUCUUACUCCCCUUCGACAGUCGUUGCCUUUCAUCUACCUCUUUCAAGCAAGCCAUCCUCUCUAACCAUGUCAGCUCCGUUGACCAAGGUUCUGCAUAGAAUGCAGGAACUCUUUACAAAUAUUGUCGCUGCAUUGGAGGCAAUGCUAUUGUUCCCUUCUAUUUUCCGUGACCCCACCCGUAAGCGGCGGAAGCCAUUCCAUGGAGUCUACUGGGGACGCCGUUCCCUCGACACCUUUGCUGACGAGGUGGACUAUCUUUUCACGGCGCCCUUGUCCGUGCAAAACAUGAUCGCCAUGUCAGACAAAAUCCGUGCACAGUUCAGAUCCUGUCUAGAGUCCAGCCCGGUCUGUAUGCUUCCUUCAUACAACCAUGCAUUGCCAUCUGGAACAGAAACAGGAACCUAUCUGGCGCUGGAUGUGGGAGGAUCAACGCUCCGGGUGGCCUUGGUUGAGCUACGAGGGCAGGGAGACAUGCGCAUUCUUCAUGUAUCAUCGUCGUAUAUCGAUAACGACGUGAAAUUACUCGAAGGAACACUCUUCUUUGAUUGGAUGGCGGAGAAGAUCGACUCGAUGCUACGCGAGGUUGGUGCCAACUGCGGUCGAGAGGCCGUGCCGCUCUCAAUGGGGCUGUCAUGGUCGUUUCCGAUUGAACAAACUUCGAUAAGCAGUGGUCUAGUCAUCCACAUGGGCAAGGGAUUCCACUGUUCAAAUGGUACUGUUGGGCAAGAACUCGGCGAUCUCAUCGUCCAGUCCUGUCGGGAGCGUAACCUCAACGUCCAGGUGGAUGCUAUUGUGAACGACAGCUCAGCAACGCUCCUCUCCCGGGCCUAUAUCGAGCCUAAGACCCGCAUGUCGCUUAUCCUAGGAACUGGAACCAAUGUGGCGAUUCACUUUCCGGUACAUGAGAUUGGACUGACCAAGUUUGGUACCAGACCCCCGGAUUGGUUUGAGUAUGCCAAGAAUGUUAUCGUCAACAGCGAAAUGAGUAUGUUUGGCGGCGGCAUUCUCCCGAAGACCCGCUGGGACGAGGUUCUCAACCGCACUCAUCUUCGGCCCGACUACCAGCCUCUGGAGUAUAUGAUCACUGGGCGUUAUCUUGGCGAAAUCAUCCGGCUUAUCACAGUUGAAGCGGUGGAAUCUGCAAAAUUAUUUGGAGGAGAACUACCUCAUUCGAUGCGCGAUGCUUACUCGUUUGAUACCAGCAUUGUUGCUGCUCUGGAAGCCGAUGCAUCCCCGCUCCUCACGUCGUCCGCGGCACUUCUGCAAAAAGAACAUACGUUUGUGGUACCCCCAUCAGUUGAAGAUUUGCGCUUCCUCCGACGUUUAUGUCAGACUGUCUCCAAGCGAGCUGCGGGAUACUUGGCCACGGCAAUCCACAGCAUGUGGUGUCUGCGUAAUGAGGUCGAGUUUCCCACGACCGCAACCUCAGCACCGCCGUCAUUAAAGGAAACCCAAGCGGUGACGGUGGUAGAAAGUGAAGGGAAUCCCUUGAGUCUAUCGAUUGCAUGCGACGGCAGUGUUAUCAACAAAUACCCAGGGUUUCGGGAUCGUUGCCAGGGUUAUCUGAAUGACCUUGCGAAGGAGACGAACGCAGUACGCCCAUCCUUGGAUGCCAUCACGGAACCUCGGGUGCGUCUUGAUUUGGCGCCGGAAAGCGCUAUUCUGGGAGCGGCGGUGGCGGUGGCGGUCGCUGUUGCGGAGAAAAAGCUCGAGUAGACCACAGUAUCCCGGAGCAACGACUGCUGCCGC